CUGAAUUAUUCGCUUAUGAUGGCGGAGACAUCUCAAGGAAGCCAGGAGAAGGGCAGGAGAGACAUCCUGAGGUCCACCAAGCAGGCAUGGACCCCCCUGGAUGAGCAGCUGCCUCCUGGCUCUGAGGAGGAGAGCCGGAGUCCCACCGUCCCCAUGCUGGAAGAUUCCAAACGAGGAAGUAUUCAGCAGUGGCUGGACUCUGGAUCCUUUGUCUCCGUAAAUGAGAACUUUCAGCCCUUCAUCGACCACGUUGUUCCUGCUCAUGAGCAAGGAGUGGUUCAGAUGACUGUGAAAGGCUACAUGAGAUCUCUGCAUCAGUUUUCUGAAACUCCCGCUCUAUCCAGAGGGACCAGUUUCAACUCUUGCCAUUCUGCUGCCAGUAUACCACAAAGCAUUCCUGAAUGGCUGGAAUUUGGGGAAAAAGAUCCAGUGGAGAUUCUCUUGGAUCUGGGGUUUGGUGCUGACGAGCCGGACAUCUGCACACAAAUCCCAGCCAGAUUCCUGGGUUGUGGCUCAGCAGCCAGAGGAAUCAACAUCCGUGUUUUUCUUGAAGCUCAAAAGCAGCGGACGGACCUUGAGAACCCUAACUUGUACAGCCGUUUCCGACAGCUGGAAAUAUUGGACCAUGUGGCCACUGCCUUCUCAUCUUUGCUGAAUGACGUUAACAUCCUGCAGAACAAAGCUGAAGAGGAAGAUGAGGGUAUGCAAAGAACCUCAGUGAGUGAAGCCAAAGAGCAUCAAAGAAGAAUGGGUGAACUUUUCAGGAGAGGUUCAAAGCAGAACAUUAAGAGGGGUUACAGUCUAGAAGUGGCAGAGUCGUUAAAGGUGAAGGAUGAGUUUUCCAUCACCUCUGCAAAAGCAGGAGAGUGCGGGUCAGAGUUCCCAGCCAUGACAAACAAGCAGGACCAAAGUCGUUUGUCUCCUUUGGCAGAGCAUCAGUCUCUUCCAGCCUGUGAAGAUGUGACACCUUGUCAUCCUCCCCAGGCUCUCCUGAGCAGCCAGUGGCCUCACUCAUCCCUGCUGGCCAAGCAGGCUCCUCCUUCCUGGGAGCCUGAGGGAUCAGUCAAGGACAGAACUCGAAAGGAGAACUCAAUUCAGACUUACAAACUCAAGCACUUGUCUCGUCUUGCGGGCAAAACACCAGACUCCUUCGAAAUGGAAGAGGUCCAGAGCUUUGAAGAAGAGACUGGUAAUCCUCUUGACAUGGCUUCAGGAACUGUAGGUGCCAUGGUGAACAGGGCAAACAGCUGCCAGUCUGACAGCAGUGGGUUCCUAGAGGAACCACUGGAACCACAACUCGUCCAGAUAGCUUCCUUGUCAAGCAGCCAGAGUCCUCCUGAGAAUGGAUACAGAAAGCCAAGGAGUCAGAGCCACAGCUCGGAGUCAUCCCGAGACUGUCAGCGAGAGUCAGAUGGGUCUGAUUCCACGGGUAUGGUGAGCACAUCUUUUUCAAGUCAGGACUGGAGUGUCUUGGAAGAAAAGGUCUCAACCUCUGUGGAAGAGAAAGAGUCUCAGUUUGAGGCCAUGGAAGGGCCCCCAGAGCUGUUGACCCCAGAUCUGGCCCUUCGUAAGACCACCACUGGGGGAGAACUCCCACGGAAAGAUGGCCACCUGCAGCAGCACCUGCCUGUGCCCCAAAGUGAGUCUGAGGCUACUGUGGGCACAGUUACCUCCAAAUGUGACUGUCCUCUGGGGUUUAUGGUGACCCACACCACAGAGGUGAAGGAUGGGUUUCUGAGGCUUGAACGAGAUGGGGAAGUAUACGUGCAAAGCCACCACUGUGAGUCUCAGAGAUCACCUGGAAUUGAUCCUGGUCAAGACAAGUCUCUUCACAUUGACUCUGAGGCCCCAAGGGGUAUGGAAAGUGGUAAACUCUGUCCUGACAUCAGCCACACCUCACUGAUGCGAGAAAGUCCCCCACAGCAUGUCCUCAGGCCCAGUGAAGUCAUGCCCUAUACAGUUGACCUUGUUCAAACAUCUAAAAAGUCUGUUUGCCAUCUAGAUAAAGUGGCUGGAGAUAUUCCCCAAGUGAGGCCCAAGUGUAGUGCUUUGGGUCAAAUACCACCUAGGACAGAAUCGGGGCUGGGAAACCUUCCUCCAGAUGCUGACUUCAGCACUGUUAGUGCCAAGUCUGUGACAAUCCAGAUGUCCUCCAAUCUGGCAUCAGCUGUUCAGAAUGCUGUGGUGUUGGGGAUAGAUUCUAGAGGAGCAACUUCAGAAUGCACUCUGUGUGACCCUGUCCCCACAACAGAACCAGGACUGGGGGCAGAAGCAAGACAGUUCAAUGAUGUUUCUGUUCAGACUUAUACAUGUGAGCCUAGCCCCUGGCAUUGCUGUUCAGCUCCAAGUAACAAGGCCCGGCCCCUCACCAAAUCUGUCUCUCUAGACACAGUCUUCCCUAGUGUCCACCCAGUGGGCAUCUGUCGUGCUGCACCUGCCCACUGUUGUGUCUGCUGUCAUCACCAUCUCCACUGCCACUUGGAGAGGCAAAGCCCCAGCUCCGUGUCUUCAGCCUGUAGGCACUGCCCAUGCUCAUAUACUCUGGAAGCCCAGUUCAUGAAGACUUUGAAAGUCCUUCAGGACACUGCAGUGAGGGAGCUGUAUUCUUGCACAGUCCACGAGAUGGAGACAAUGAAGACGGUAUGCCAGAGUUUCCGGGAGCAUUUAGAAGAAAUUGAGCAGCACCUGAGAGGACAACAGGCACUCUUUUCCAGGGACAUGUCAGAGGAGGAAAGGGAGGAGGCAGAACAACUGCAAUCUUUACGCGAGGCCCUGCGACAGGAGAUGGAGGAGCUAGAGUUUCAAUUAGGAGACCGGGCUCAGCAAAUCCAAGACGUUGUUCAGUUGCAGCUUGAGCUUCUUACCGGGGAACCACCUGAACGUUAUACAAAUCUGCAUCAGUGUCACUGGACAGAAGAAAAGAAUGGCCAGACUUCGGGUGCUAAGAUCCACCCUGCCAUGGCCGCUGGGGCUGCCGUUCCUCCCGAUGACGAUGACGGCCGGCGGACGCCCUGCUCAGGUGUGGCCCAUUUAGCUGCCGUUGCUCCAGCCACCUUGGGGAGCAGCAGCAGGAUGUCUCCUCCAGCUUGGCGGAGUUAGAUCCAACCUCUCAGUUAAACUGUCCAGUUGGAGAAAAGGACACAGAUGUCUUCCUCUAGAUCACAGCAGAUUUGAUGACCUUCCUACAAAAUGUAAGAGCACCUUCUAGCCAGAGAAAAGAUACCUAGA